AUGCUUACAGACGAAGGACACGUUUCUUUAGUGGAAAUUUGUUUCCAACAUGUCUGCGAUAACUGUUCGUCGACUGAUAUGUCUAACUAAAUCCAUUGUAGUGUUUGUUCUAUCUUUGGAUGUCUAUCUUGAAGGUGUAGAUGGGUCUCCUGCGGAAGUACAACAACACCUGGAAAUGGGGAAGAAACUUUUAGCAGCAGGUCAACUCGCAGAUGCCCUGUCACACUACCAUGCUGCUGUAGAUGGAGAUCCCAAUAACUAUAUGACAUAUUUUCGUCGUGCAACAGUAUUUCUGGCUCUUGGGAAAUCCAAAUCUGCUCUUCCAGACCUUGAUAAAGUCAUACAGCUGAAACCAGACUUUACUGCUGCAAGAUCUCAACGAGGGAAUGUUUUAUUAAAGCAGGGAAAUCUACAGGAAGCCAAAGAGGACUUUGCUGUUGUAUUAUCUAAAGAUCCCACAAAUGAAGAGGCAAAUCUAAAUAUACAAAAAAUACAUCCUCUAGAGAAAAGUAUAGAAGAAGCAAAACAUUUCUUUCAUAUGAGGGAGUUCCAAGCAGCUAUAGACUUGUUGACACAGGCAGUUGAGGUAUGUCCCUGGGAUAUAGAGCUACGAGAGAUCAGAUCGGAGUGUUACAUGGCCCAAGGUGAUUACUUUAAGGCUGUUGGAGAUAUCCGGUCCACCACAAAACUCCGUAGCGACAACACACCAGCUUUUCUAAAACUUAGCCUCCUCUACUAUGACAUGGGGGAUGCAGAAAAUUCUCUUAUAAAUAUACGAGAAUGUUUGAAACUUGAUCCUGAUCACAAGGAGUGCUAUCCUCAUUAUAAAAAAGUAAAGAAGCUAGUGAAACAGCUUCAAAUGGCACAGGACCUGAGAAAUGAGAAACAGUAUGAAGAGUGUAUAGGAAAAGCACAUCAGAUACUCACAACAGAACCUACAGUGUCUGUGUACAUAAUGAAGGCCAAAUCUUUCUUAUGUCACUGUCACUCACGGGCUGGUCACAUCACAGAUGCCUUUGAUAUUUGUAACGAGAUUCUUCAGAUAGAGCCAGAAAACAUAGAAGCUGUUAUGGACCGAGCAGAAACCUACCUAGUCAAUGAACAGUUUGAUGAAGCUGUCAACGAUUUUCAGUUUGCUGUAAAUUUAGAUGGUGAUAAUCGACAAGCAAAAGAAGGAUUAGAAAAAGCUCAAAGAUUACUCAAACAGUCACAAAAAAGAGAUUAUUAUAAAAUUUUGGGUAUAAAACGAACUGCAAGAAAAAAGGAAAUUAUGAAAGCAUAUAAAAAAUUGGCCAAGAAAUGGCAUCCAGACCGAUAUAAGGGGGACGACAAAGCCAAAGCAGAGAAAAUGUUUGUAGAUAUAGCAGCAGCUAAAGAAGUCCUCACAGAUCCUGAAAAAAGGCAGCAAUUUGAUAAUGGUGAGGAUCCUUUGGACCCUGAACAACAACAACACGGUGGUGGGCAUCAGUGGCAACAGGGCUUCAAUCCUUUUGGAUCAGGGGGAGGUUUUAACUUUAAGUUCCACUUCAAUUGAUAUUGGUUCUUAUUUAGUAGAAAUUAUUUUCUUAAAAUCCAUAAUGCAUUGGUUUUUUUUUUUAUACUGAUAUUGAUGCUUGUAUGGGAAAUGUGUUCCAAUUUUUCAUUCCAGUGCAAACAUUUUCUGGAUAUUUUUAUCAGUGGUUGCCUUAUGAUAUCUGCAUCUGAAGAAACUUGUUGAUGGAGUAAUAUUUUUGUAUAAGAUCAUGAUUAUGUCAGUUUUGUACAAGAUUAUCUGAUAUUUUGGAUCUUUUGUUUUUAGGCCUUUUUGAGGUGAUAAAGUCAGGAAUUAUAGGUACUUUUCAGUCAAAAAAAGGUUGAAAUCAUAUGAUGUUGUAGUCAAACCAUAUUUCUAAUUAAAAUCCUGUGUAAUCUGAAGACCACCAUUAAUCAGACCAGCAUUUUGGUUUUAUGUCAUAUGUGUCCAAUCGAAAAAUACAUUUGAAAAAAUUUUGGCUAAUUACUUUGAGACAGAUAACAUCCUACAUUAUUACCUUUUCAGAAAUUUGUGAGUCCAUCCCUAUAAUUCAGGUCAGGCUUUUGAUGGAUUUGGACAAAUUUUUGCGUACUUUUCUAAUAAAAAGCAUAAACAAAAUUUAGUCAGGCCAAUCUUUGUUAAUGUGAUUAUUAUUGUUAUUUUUAACAAACAAAACCAGUUUACAAACCAAAGUUUAUGUUACAUUUCUUCACCUUUAAUUCCUCCAUGUUUAAGUCUGUUAAAAUUUUCAAUUUCCCAAAUUAAGUCAUAUUAAAGCAAAAUAAAAUUUCUUUUUAAAAGACAUUUUUUGUCACAAGCAUAGAUCUAAUGUCAGAUCGUUUGUGUAUUAAGAAUUUGAAACACAUUAAUGAGUCUAGAAUUAUUUACCAGUCAAUGUUGCAGAAAACAUAGCGUAUCUGUAAUAAAUUAUUGUUUAUGAGUGAAUUGUGAUACGGACGUCCGAUGAACGUUUAAAUGCGGUGAAUGAGUUUGAUAUAAAUGUAUAAGUGUACGUGUGUGUUUAUUAUGAGGAUUUAGAAUGAAUGUAAAUCAGUGAAACUGUGUUUGUCACAAUCCUUAGGUUAAUUUACUUGUCUUUACCUGCCUGACACAGCUACAGAGUUAUAACAGACAUCAAUCUAAAUUGGCUAUAGAUAUUAAUAUUACCUUGGUACAUUUAUCAAAAGAAUCACAGAUGUAUUGCUGUGUUGAAUUUUCUUGAUCUCAAGUCCAGUUUCUUUUUUAUUCCAGACUUGUUUUCUCUUAAAUCAAGACUCAAUACAUCAAUUGAUACCUGUAUUAAUGUGUUAUUCUGGACAUUUUAUUAUACAAACAAAACCUAUCCUGAAUUGUCUCCCUUGUAUGGUAAGAUCAGAGAGCGUUCUGUUUAUAUGAUGUAUAUGUCAUUGAAAAUUGUCACUUGGACAUAGUAAACAGAUAUUUUGAAGUAUGCUUAAAUUCAGUUUUCUUGAAAAUAUUUGCAGCAAUUUUUAUAAAAUGUUUAAUAAUUAUUAUAAGCAUUCAUAUUGAACAAUUAUAAGUUAUAUUGUAAGUUUUCAUUCAGUGUAGGAUCUUAAAAAAAUCUUCUACACUAGACUCAGUUAAAAAAAGGUCAUUAGAUAUCAAACAAUUGAAAUUGUGAUAUUGGUUAAACAUUUCAAUGUGAAAAACAACUGCAUCAGAAAUCAUUCAAUACAAAUACAGAUGAAGAUAUGGAUAAAUGUUACAUUAUUAUUUUAAAAGUUUAAGGUGAUAAUGUGAUAUCUCUAACACACAUUCAAAUUAGAGAUGUUGAAAGCUACUAAAUAAUAAAAUUUUGAAUAGAGUGCCGGUUGCUGACGAUGAUAUGAAGAAAGGAAUAGUUUGCUCAGGUUUCAUUAUUGCUGUAAACCAAUGGUAACUAGAGCAGGAAGUGGAAAUAGCAGCCUAGAAAAAAUAUAUUUAUGUUUACUAUGUUUUGUGAUGUUCAAGGUCAGUGCUGUAUGUAUCCUGUAAUAAGCCCAGUGAACAACAUAUGAUAUUUGAUUUAAGCCAGAGGGUUGGCAUAUUACAGGACAAUAAAUAACAUAUAAUAUUUGAUUUAAGCCAGAGGGUGGGCAUAUUACAGGACAAUAAAUAACAUAUAAUAUUUGAUUUAAGCCAGAGGGUGGGCAUAUUACAGGACAAUAAAUAACAUAUAAUAUUUGAUUUAAGCGAGAGGGUGGGCAUAUUACAGGACAAUAAAUAACAUAUAAUAUUUGAUUUAAGCCAGAGGGUUGGCAUAUUACAGGACAAUAAAUAACAUAUAAUAUUUGAUUUAAGCCAGAGGGUGGGCAUAUUACAGGACAAUA